UUCAUUCCCAGAGUCAACAGGAAAGAGCCAAAGAGAGAAAACGGAGGAACGAGACGACGAGACGAACAGCACUCAAGAUCAAAGAACAGAGUAACAGCAAAAGAAGACAUGUCCAACAGUCUUCCCACACCGGACAAGAUGGACAAGCAAAUCCGCCCUCAGGUGUCCAAGAGCUCCGCGCAGCGUCUAAGCAGGGACCUCACCUGUUCCAUCUGUCUGGAUCUCUUCAAACGCCCCGUUUCCUUGCCCUGUGACCAUACCUUCUGCGAGGCCUGCAUUACCAGUUACUGGAGCGGCCCUCGGAGCAAAGCGCAGUGCGGAUCUGGUUCCUGUCCACAAUGCCGGAAAGUCUUUCCCGGCCAGAGCUACCGUCCCAAUCGUAUUGUGGCCAAUAUCGUGGAGAGCUACUGCCAGGGGAUAGAGGAGAGCGGAGGUCGGCUGGCCGGUGGAGCGGGCGAGACGGUGCCCCCUAACCCACUCUGCGGCCGACACAGAGAAGAGCUGAAACUGUACUGCGAGGAAGACCAAGAGCUGGUGUGUCUGGUGUGCGGGAUCUCGCAGGACCACAGAUCUCACACGCUGGUGUGCGUGGAAGAGGCGCAGCAGAGAUAUCGGGCUUCUCUCAGUGCUUCUGCGAGUGCCCUUCACGUGGAACUCAACUCCGCUCUGGAGUGCGAAAGAGAGACGGAGGAAGAGGUGAAGAAACUAAAGGACCACACGGCAGAUCUGAAGCUGAGAAUCGAGGUGCAGUUUAGCGAGCUCCAUCAGGUCCUGUACCAGGAGGAGAAGCUCCUGCAGGUGAAGCUGAAGACGGAGGAGCGCAGAGAGCUGAUAAGACUGGAUGAGCACAAGGCCCUGCUCAGCGUGGAGAUCUCUCGCCUGCGCAGAGCUAUAAAUGACAUCGAGGACAAACUCAGUGAACAGGACCCGUACACGCUGCUCAGGAGUAUAAAGGGCCUGCUGCAAAGACAGCCACCGAAGUUCGAGAAGCCGACACUGACACCGCCCAGCCUGUGCGAGGGCCGCUUCGCAGGGCCACUGCAAUACAGAGUUUGGAAGUCUCUGAAGGGAAGCCUCUAUCCAGUUCCCUCAGUCAUAACGUUCAACUCCAAAACGGCCAAUCCCUGGCUGAGCCUUACGUCAUCGCUCACGUGCGUGCGCUAUCAGACCUUCAACAACGCCGUGCAGGACAACCCACAGCGAUUCAACGCCGCUCUGUCUCUGCUGGGCAGUCAGGGCUUCACGAAAGGUCGACAUUACUGGGAGGUGGAAGUGUACAGCAGCACCGUGUGGACGGUGGGAGUCGCUCGUGAAUCCGUCUCGAGAAAAGGCGUCAUCAACACGAUGCCCGCCAACGGCUUCUGGACGCUUUCGCUGUCGUACGGAGUUCAGUACAUGGCGGGAACAUCUCCUCCGACUUUACUGUCCCUGGAGGAGCCGCUGGCGAGGAUCGGUGUCUAUCUGGAUUACAAGAGAGGACUGGUGUCCUUCUAUAAUGCUGAGAGCAUGACGCAUCUCUACACCUUUAAAGACCCCUUCACCGAGACCCUCUACCCUUACUUUAACCUGGGCUUCCUGGACAAAGUGCACGAAAACGAGCCGCUUAAAGUGUUCCUACCUAAAGUCUGACUCGACGUUUUCAUAUUCGUCGUGUAUAAUAAUCGUAUAUUCUGGGCUGGACCUAGUUAGACGCGAUAUGUGGAGUUGAGCAGUUUUAGAAACUCGUUUUGAACAGCAUUGUCAUGUACUGCUGAUGAUGUGUUGUAUGGUAGCUUUAUGACAAUGUUUUUACUCAAAGCUCCUGUAAAUACUUUUAAUAAGUCUAAAAUGUCCAUAUUCCCUACUGCCUGAGAGAUAUAACUAGGCGAAAUCGUAGCUGAUUAAAUUCGCAGGGGCGUGGCCUAUUUAGUCACGUAAAGAAGGAGAAUCUUAUCGACCUGCACGCGUUAGCCAAUCAGAAAACAGGAAGCGGUGCCCUGCUAAUGGCACGCGAUUAAGGCGGAAUUUAACACAAAAAAAACCCCCUGUUUGACAAUUAAGGAAUGUUUUCUGCGAUUUUUUUAAUUUCUUACAGCAGCUUUAAAAAAGGUUUAUACACGGGGGAAAAAGCUGAAUUACAGGACAGAAAAGUCUUAAGGCAUUUUUUUACGACGGACGAACAUACCGGAGGCGGUGUGUAAAUGUGGUUGACACAACGAGGUUUUUAUUUUUUAACGUGCGA